CCCGCCCCCUGAGCCUGGGUAACGGCGCAAGGGCGUUGAGUGCGGUGAGCGACCGGACGGCGAACCAGUAGGUUGACAUGGACACCAGCUGGGACAGCCUCUUGCAGGAUGAGCAUCAGCUGGAGGAGCUGGCUCGGCAGGCCGUGGACCGGGCCCUGGCUGAGGGAGUGUUGCUAAGGACCGCACAGGAACCCAGCUCCUCCAAUGUGGUGAGCUAUGCCCCUUUCACGCUCCUCCCCUCAAGGGUCCCCCAGGCCCUGCUGGAGCAAGCCUAUGCUGUGCAGAUGGACUUCAAUGUGCUAGUGGAUGCUGUCAGCCAGAAUGCUGCCUUCCUGGAGCAAACUCUGUCCAGCACUAUCAAAAGGGAUGACUUUACUGCCCGUCUCUUUGACAUCUACAAGCAAGUCCUAAAAGAGGGCAUUGCUCAGACUGUGUUCCUGGGUCUGAACCGAUCAGACUACAUGUUCCAGCGAAGUUCUGAUGGCUCCCCAGCCCUGAAACAGAUUGAAAUCAAUACUAUCUCUGCCAGUUUUGGGGGCCUGGCCUCCCGGACUCCGGCUGUGCAUCGACAUGUUCUCAGUGUCCUGAGUAAGACCAAAGAAGCUGCCAAGAUUCUCUCCAAUAAUCCCGGCGAGGGACUGGCCCUGGGAAUUGCCAAAGCCUGGGAGCUGUAUGGCUCAGCCAAUGCUGUGGUGCUCCUGAUUGCUCAAGAGAAGGAAAGGAACAUAUUUGACCAACGUGCCAUAGAAAAUGAGCUACUGGCCAGGAAUAUCCAUGUAAUUCGGCGAAGAUUUGAAGAUGUCUUUGAGAAGGGGUCUCUGGACCAAGACCGAAGGCUGCUUAUGGCUGGCCAGGAAGUUGCUGUGGUUUACUUCAGGGAUGGUUACAUGCCUAGUCAGUACAGUCCACAGAACUGGGAAGCACGCCUACUGCUGGAGAGGUCAUGUGCUGUCAAGUGCCCAGACAUUGCCACACAGUUGGCUGGGACUAAGAAGGUGCAGCAGGAGCUGAGCAGGGUGGGCGUGCUGGACGUGCUGCUCCCUGGCCAGCCUGACGUGGUGGCCAGACUCCGUGCCACUUUUGCUGGCCUCUACUCCCUGGACAUGGGUGAAGAAGGGGACCAGGCCAUCACUGAGGCCCUCACUGCCCCAAGCCAGUUUGUGCUAAAGCCCCAGAGAGAGGGUGGAGGUAACAACCUGUAUGGGGAUGAAAUGGUACAGGCCUUGGUGCGGCUGAAGGACACUGAAGAGAGGGCCUCCUACAUCCUCAUGGAGAAGAUUGAACCUGAGCCUUUCAGGAAUUGCCUGCUACGGCCUGGCAGCCCUGCCAGAGUGGUUCAGUGCAUCUCAGAGCUGGGUAUCUUCGGAGUCUAUGUCAGACAGGGAAAGACACUUGUGAUGAACAAACAUGUGGGGCAUCUACUUCGAACCAAAGCCAUCGAGCAUGCUGACGGUGGUGUGGCAGCAGGAGUGGCAGUCCUAGACAACCCGUACCCUGUGUGAGGACACAGCCUGACUAGCCUGGACUUCACUCAAGAGAUCUUCCACCCCCUGUGCUUGUUAUUCUUCUGCUGGCCCUCCUGAGGGGUUGUCCUCCUCCCACCUUAGGAGAGCUGGUCUCUUCCAAGACCUCCAAGAUCUUCAAGGAAUGAUAAAUUCUGGGUAUCUUCUUUCAGCUCUCCACAUGAGGACCAAAAAGCUGUGUUUCCUCUAAGCCUUAGGGUGUGGGAAGAGACACUCCUUUGAGGUAAAGCCCAUAAACUCUGUGGCCCUCUUAUUGACCUUUCAUCAGUCUUUCUAGCAAGUUUCAGUGCCUGACUUGGGACAGGACUGAGUAAUAGGAGAAGGAGAGUGGAGAGGCAUAGCCUUUUCCCAGCUCUGCCUUAAUAAAACUACAUUGCUGAUUCAGUGA